AUGGGCGGCCGCAUGACUACAGCACCGACGAUCUCGUGGGAAUUACCAAAUGAAAACGUCGUACUUGUAGAUGAUGUCAAGGCACUAAAACAAGUGGUGCACGAUGAAAUGGAACUAAUUGGCUGCGGCUUGCAUCAGCUUCGCGUUGUUACUGUCUUAGGUCUAGGAAAUGUAGCCGAUGCAGUCGAGAUUUUGGCUAUUGGGUACAUUUUAACUGUUUAUGAAGACUCGGAAGGCAUAAUGACACCAUGGGAAUCUAGUCUUUUGACGGCGGCUGUAUUUGCUGGAAUGCUGGCUGGAGGCAUGAUCGGGGGAGUGGCUGGUGAUAUUUAUGGUCGAAAACCAGUUUUACUCGUAACGUUGGCUAUAAACGCGCUUGCUGCGUUUUUUUCGGCUUUUUCGCCAAAUAUCUACUGGCUGAUAUUCUUUCGGGCCCUCGCUGGUCUGGGCGUCGGUGGGGUAGUAGCUACAUUAUUUGCGUUGUGUCUGGAACAUGUCCCGGUGUCGGCUCGUGGUCGAUAUGUCACAAUUCUGUGCUCAUUUUGGAUGAUCGGAGCAGUAGUAACAGCAGGGACAGCGUGGAUAAUGUUAGGCAAGUACAAUAAUGGAGAACGGAUUCUCCAUCUAUCGUGGCGUUGGUUUGCUGGAAUUGUCGGUCUACCGUCUUUUACCUGUCUAAUACUGACAACGCAAUACAUUCCUGAGAGUCCACACUUUUUGGCAAGUAAAGGUGACGCUCAAGGGGUUACAGCGGUGCUUCAAUAUAUUCAUAAAAUUCAUCAAAGCGGUCGUCAGAUUCAGAUUCAAUUUUUUAAUGAAGGUGAUAGUGUCGACAACAAAAAACGCGAUUCCGGCGACAUUACAAACUUGCACGAUGCAAUUUGUAGUAAUAAAAGUCUGCAAAUUGUAGCUGGUUUAUUUGAUCGAUCAAAUGCAGCAUCAACGUUACUGUUGAUGUUGUGUGGUUUCUCGCUAAGUUUUGGAUCGUAUGGUCUCUCUACUUGGAUCACGAAGCUGUUUCAAAGUGCUGGUUUAAAAAACCCGUUUGAAAAUGCUUUCUUAUUUGCUGGAGCUAAUUUACCAGGUAACGUUGUCAGUCUCUAUUUGAUCGAUAUAAUAGGCCAUCAACGCUUGUUCUCCGGCGCACUUUUCAUGUCAGCACUCUGCGCGCUUCUAUUUGCAUUCAAUAUAGAAGGCUCGAAGACUAUUAUCGUUCUAGUCUCGUGUCUUUUCAGUGCGUGCACUACUGCAGCAUGGAAUGGAUUUGGAGUUCUUUCGGCUGAGUCUUUUCCGCAAGAAUUUCGAACGACAGGAAUUGCGGUAGUGAAUUGCUCAAAUCGUGUCGCUGCUAUCACAUCGCAAUUCGUAAACGGCUUUUUGAUGGGUCCUCCUCCGCACCUAAUGGCUUUGCUGUUGGUUACGACCGUAAUUAUGUGUACUGGUGGAAUUGCAUCGCGCUGGAUUUCCAUAUACGAAAUUGACAGGGGCGACAAUAUAUUCAAGAGUGAAAUUAUUGAUCCAGCUCAGGAUAACUCGCUCAAUUUGCAAGAUGAUGGCGAAGGAGAGCAUAUUGGCUUAAUACAUGGUGACUUUCUUCUUCGUGAGAAGAAAUCAGGUAAGAAACGAGACAAGAAUGGUGAAUCUGACGAUGGUGAGAGAUGA